AUGCUGCACAGCCCACCUCCUUCCUUCUACAAGGAUCCGUUCCACUUCGCCUCGAGCAGCCCCGAAAGGGUCACCUCGCCCUACAUCGCCACACGUGCCAAUCCCUACUCCUCCAAAUCGCAAAAUACUCAAUUUCACACCCCGCUGCGCAGCACGGCUCAGCUCGGUCCCAUCGGUCCUCGACUCUAUACUCCUACGAUUCCCACACAGUCUCUGUCACUUGACCUUGGCUCUACAGAGCACCUAUACACCUCCUUGGAGGCUUCGGCUCGAUCGCCGCGAUGCUCCUCUAGGCCCGAACCCUCUUUGAACGUGAGACCGCCCAUGCCAACCAUGGUCAAGUCCAAAUCUCGCCCCGUCAAAGCGCUGGCACUGAGCGCCGACCAAGCAGCGGCCAAGCGCUCCAAUCAUGGUAAGGUCGAGAACGCAGCCGCGACCAAGCGGCGCAGAAAUGUCGCAGAAACCUCAAAGCUGCAAAGCAAGGGCAACGGCGUCGCAAGCCGUACAGCGAUGCUACCCGGAGUGCGACACGUCACCUCCGCCUCCAUCUCUCCGCUUGCCGGCCCGAGGAAGCCAGCGAUAGUCUUGCCUGAGAUUACCAUCCGGUCGCCUACGCCUGAGCCCGAGCUAUCCGUAGAGCAGGUGCUUGAAGCCGACGUAGACUAUGCAGCGCUGCGUGCUGACAAGAGCGCGACGCUCGACGCAGACAUUCUCCUCCAAGAUCUCAACGCUGACAUGACCAAGCUGGAAGACGGCAUCGACGACGUUCUCAGCAAGUACCUCGAUGUUCGCAAGUGUCAGCCCGCCAUCUACAACGAGCUUCUCCGCAGCUUGGCUUCGUCACUCAGCAGAAUGUACUGCUAUGUCGAGGAGCCCGAAUCGGAUCUUGGCUUGGCCAGACUUCGAGCCAUCACAACCCACUGCAGCAAGCAUGUCGUCACCGGCUUUUUCCAUCUCCUCGAAGAUGAACGUGCACCCUACGGCACACCAUCGAGUAUUGCUCUCGUCUCGUCCAAUCUUGGUCGUGAUUUGGACGAUACCGUCGACUGGUGUUGUCGUAUCAUGAACGGACCCAGCCGCCACCAGUGGAAUUUGGAUCACGGCGGUCUCUUCCGCAACGUGCUCCACGCCGAGCUAGACGCCAUCCUCCGUCGUGGCUUGGACAUCACGGGCACGGACAGCAGCUUGGCUCUUCCUCCGGAGGAGAGGCCUUCAAGGAAGCGAGCUAUCAACGACGAGGAUGAGGAGAACGACGUCUCCGCAUCGCCUCGUCCCGGGAGCAGCGAGUGGAUCGAUCAGAUGGAGGAGCGCAAGCAGUUGGCACAGCAGGGCCACGAUAUGGACAUGUUCACCACCCGCGAUGUGAUCAUCUUUGUCGGCGAACUGGUGCUUCACGAUGUCAUCGCUACACCAAUCCUAGCGCAAUGGCUGGACCGCUUCCUUGUUCACACGGUGUACGUUGGUGUGCCGUCGAACUGGGAAAUUGAGUGCGCGUUAGCACUCCUCGCCACCGUCGGAGCCGUGCUUGAACGAGACCGCCACGACGAUGACACAUCCAUCUCCGAUGCAGAGCCGCCUGAGCCGACCUUGAAGAUUUCCCUGUCACCUCCUCGGCUGCUCAACCUUGACAGCCAAGAUCGGCAGGCACACGAAGCAAGCCCCUUCAGAUCGAGCAACGACCCGGACGUCCUCAGCAAAACCAUGGGCCGAGUGCAACAGCUCAUCGACCAAGCGGAUGUCAGUGCAGUGGCACGCGAAUGGCUCAUUGAGCUGCAGCGGCUCCGCGAACGAGGAUGGACGAACUUCGCGGUUGAUUCCGACUCGGACGACGGGACCGGCAGCGAUUGA